AUGUCGAUUCCGCGACUCGAACUUUGUGACGCUUUACUCCUCGCCCGGACUCUUGAAUAUUUACGAACCUAUCUAAUUUCAUUGCCGAUUACAAACGUCACUGCUUGGUGUGACUCCACAGUAGUGCUUACAUGGAUCCAAAUGCCAACAGAAAAAUUGAAAACAUUUGUGGCAAAUCGCGUUGCUCAAAUUCAGCAUAUGACCUCGUCUGACAUAUGGAGACAUAUACCCACUGCACAAAAUCCAGCAGACUGUGCCACUUGUGGCUUGACUCCGAAAGAAUUGAUCACCCUAUCUGAUGGACCGGCCCUCUAUUUCUUACUCAACCUUCGGAAAUAUGGCAGCAAGUAA